AUAGACCCCCGCACCUGACUGGAGGGAGGGCCGCAGGCAGCGGCCGGCCGAGCGCACUCGCCGGCUGGGCUGAAGGGGCGGUGGCCAUCGGGGAGACCGGGCCCCGCGGACCGGGCGCCUGGCUCGGGCAGAUCCCAGCUGCAAGGCAGCCAUGAGUCUGGUGGCCUUUGAAUGCCUGCCUGGCCCAGGUCUGGAGCCUGAGCCCUGUUCGAGAGCACGAUCCCAGGCCUGUGUAUACCUAGAGCAGAUUCGCAACAGGGUGGCUGUGGGAGCACCUGACAUGACCAAGCGUGACUACCUGGUGGAUGCGGCCACGCAGAUCCGGCUGGCCCUGGAGCGUGAUGUUAGUGAGGACUACGAGGCAGCCUUCAACCACUACCAGAACGGUGUGGACGUGCUGCUCCGCGGUGUGCAUGUGGAUCCCAACAAGGAGCGACGCGAGGCAGUAAAACUAAAAGUCACAAAAUACCUGCGGCGGGCUGAGGAGAUCUUCAACUGCCACCUGCAGCGGACACUGGGCAGUGGAGCCAGUCCCAACACGGGAUUCAGCAGCUUGAGGCUCCGGCCCAUCCGCACACUGAGCACUGCCCUGGAGCAGCUGAGGGGCUGCAGGGUGGUUGGGGUCAUCGACAAGGUACAGCUGGUCCAGGACCCAGCAACUGGAGGGACCUUCGUGGUGAAGAGCCUGCCCAGGUGCCACGUGGUGAACCGGGAGCGGCUGACCAUAAUCCCGCAUGGAGUGCCCUACAUGACAAAGCUGCUACGGUAUUCCGUGAGUGAGGACUCCAUCUUCUUGCACUUGGAACAUGUGCAAGGAGGCACUCUCUGGUCCCACCUGCUCUCCCAGACGUGCCCCCAACAUUCUGGGCUCAGGUCUGGCUCCACCCAGGAGAAGGUGAAGGCCCAGCUCAACACCAGCCACAGCCUCAGUCUCCUGACCCCAGCACAGCUCCCCCCAGGCCACACCCUCAGGCAGGCCAGCAUCCCUCCAGAACCUUCUUGGACUUCUCAGAGCCUUCCCGCCGCCAAGGAGGCCCCCUCCCUCAGACCCCAGAGAGAAGCAGAAAGUGAAUCCACAGGCAAGACCAGCACUUCCUGCUCCUUGGACCUAACAAAAGCCCCCAGUGGCUUGAACCUGCAAGCCAGGCGGGCUGGCCAGAGGUCAGACCCUGGGCCCCCUUGGGGGAUCCCUUGGGUUCGCAAGGGGGCUGGCCGGGUGCUGGGGGGCUGUGGCCUAGGCAGAGGUCAGAGCCACCCAUCAGAGGGCAGGGCCAGCCUAGGGGGCAGUGGGGCUGUCUGGAGCGUGAAGGAGGAGAAGGUGAAGCAGUGGGCAGCUGAGAUGUUGGUGGCACUGGAAGCACUACACGAGCAGGGGGUGCUGUGCCAGGACCUCAACCCCAGGAACCUGCUCCUGGACCAGGCAGGUCACAUCCGGCUCACAUAUUUUGGCCAGUGGUCAGAAGUGGAGCCCCAGUGCUGCCGGGAGGCUGCAGAGCUCCUGUACAGUGCCCCAGAGGUGGGUGGGAUUUCUGAGCUGACAGAAGCCUGUGACUGGUGGAGCUUUGGGUCGCUGCUGUAUGAACUGCUGACAGGAAAGGCACUGUCACAGAGCCACCCCUCAGGAUUCCAGGCUCAUACCCAGCUCCAUCUGCCUGAGUGGCUCAGUCCCUCAGCAGCCUCCCUGCUGACUGAGCUGCUACAGUUCGAUCCCACACAGCGCCUGGGUGCUGCAGGAGGUGGAAUCAGCAAACUCAAGUCCCACCCCUUUUUCAGUACUAUCCAGUGGAAUAGACUGGUGGGGUAAUGGGGUGAAGUGGGUGGUGGAAGCAGCUGCCCAGGUCUGGAUGUCCUGCCUGCCUGUCAGAGCUGGCCCCUCUAAUCAGUGGGCUGCAGGUGAAGAAUGUGGGGUAGCUGUCUUUCCUGCCCAGCUCCCUACAUGGGCCUCAGGAACAAUUAUCACCACUGCCCCAAAAGGGCCAGCCCCUGAAGAAGCUGCAGAAGGGCAGCAAGGCUUCCCCUGCUAAUAAGCAGCUUGACCAGCCUUCCACCCAUCAGCCAGCAGACACAUGUUGAGUACACCCUAUACCCUAACAUGGACCUACCACCUUAAAGGGCACCUUCUGUGGUACUGGCUUUGAACUAUGGACCACCUGCUGAGCCCACAGGAGGUUUUGUGAUAUAUUCCUUCACUACCAUGCUGUGCCUGACUUGGGACAUCUCUGGAAACUCCUCCCAGGAUACAGAUCCACUGGCUGCUCGGUAGACCCAAACCAGGGCCGUCCCUGGCUGUCUUCUUAGUCAUGCAGCAAGCAGCUACUAGUUGCUCCCAUCAGAAGCUGUUCCCAUAGGGGUAGGGAGAGUGGGAAGCAGGGGAGAAGGUGCAGAACUGGAUUAUCCACUCUUCACUCCUGUCCAGGACCCUUAUCUGGUGAUUUCAGACUUGGGAGAGCAAAAGGGAGGGGAGAAACUAAGAAGAUAAGGCAGAAUGGGAUGGGAACAGGUGACACAGUUUGCCACUUAGAUCAAAUUUGAAAACAAUAAAGAGCUUUUUUAGCUGGGCAUAGUGGCAUGUACCUAUCAUUCGAGUGACUCAGGAACCUGAGGCAGGAGGAUUAUAGUUCAAGGCCAGCCUGGCCAACACCGUCUCAAAAAAAAGCAGUGUUGGGGGGGGGGGGGUGAAGAGGCUUGAGAUGUGGCUCAGUAUUUUGUAGAGCACUCGCUGGGUUCAAUCCCUAGUACAAGAACAACGAACAAAACAAAAACUUCUCCAGCUGCCAGCUGGCCCACCUAGCAGGGGAACCCGUCCCAGGUUCCAAGAGGGGCUGAAACAGCUAAGACAGGUGUGCCUAUGAGGAUUCCCUUCUCAGGCACUGGAUCUAUUUACCAUACUGCAUUUUGGUUGAGGUUCUACUCAAUUCACUGCCCACUGUGACUUCAUUUCUGUUUGAGUAAGAAACCAUGAAACACAUUAAAUUAUUACUCACUUUUAGCCAGAA